AUGCCUCCAACGAGUGAAAGCAGCAAGACUGAAAAGUCCUUGGCCCUGUUCUGGGGCUGUGAGUUGAGCCAAGAGAACCGCUCUUAUACCUUUGAUCCUUUGGAAGAUGGUGAUCAUAAAUUAAUUCUGAAUACGGUAUGCCUAGGGGAGAAGGCCAAAGAUGAGCUAAAUAUAGUGGAGGUCAUACCACCCCCUGAUGAGAAUGGCAAGAAGACACCACCAGUUCCCAUUGCCAUGCUGAAGCCCUCAGUCCUACCCAUGGCCAACAUUUCAGGAAUGGAGCUCACUCCCCCCAUCACUUUGCAUCUUCGGUCAGGCUCAGGGCCAGUCCACAUCAGCGGCCGUGAUCUUACUGUGACUUUAGACCUGCCCUGGGAGGAAGGAGAGAGGGAUGAGGAUGAAGAGGCCAGUGAAGAGGAAGAAGAGGCCAGUGAGGAAGAAGAUGAUGCUGAUGAAGAUUCUGAUGAGAUAUCCCUGGAGGCUUCUCCACCUAAAUCAACCAAGCGACUAGCUUCCAACAGCCAGGCUAGUGUCGCAAAGCCUGGUGCCGAGAGGCCCCAGUGUGAGACCCCUUUCUCUCUUCUUAGUGCCCCAACCCUGAAGAGUCCGGAAUCAAAGGUCUGUCCCCCAGUGGAGAAGUUUGUGGAAGAAGAGAAAAAUGCCACGGCCCGUUCCCUGCCCCUUGGGGAGGCUCUGGCGUGGCUGGCAGGUUGGCCUGGACCCCCGGCAGAGGUCAGCUCUGGGCUGCUGAAAUGCGGCUUCCAGUGGCCAGAGCUCCCCGGGCCGCCUCCCAGUUCGGAGCGACGCCUCGGCACCCGGCGCCUGUCCUCUCCUGAGGAGUGGAUGCCAUCCCUUACUUAUCUCCGUUUCCCCAAAUUCUCCUCCCUUUCUUUCAGAAGUCUCCCAUCCGAGGAGGCGGGCUUUUGA